CCCAUUUUAGUUGCAGUGCAAAUACACAUUAUUGAAAAUAGUCUGUCUGUGUAUUGGAUAGAUCGUGGAAGCUGUUUUAGUUUACCGAUUGGCCGUUGGAUUUUAUGUGUGUUAAAAUGACCACUAGUGAUAUAUUCACCAACUCGAUUGGUCAAGGAGCGUACUGUUAUUGACCGUGUUUUGACCUAGACGAGCUAAACGUCUAGACGGUGUGACCGAAUUCAAUACAGAAGUUCGCCAUGUUUUAACCGAUUGUGCAGGGCUGCAAAAAAUGUAAGAAAAUGUCCGCUGUUUGAAACGAAAAUGUGGAUUUACUGGUUUGUGUUCGCCGGAAUUGUGAUUAAUUUCCAAUUAGUCGUUGUGACAUGCGUGAACCCCACAUUCUGCGCCUUCAAGGAUGACAAUUUCAAAAUUAACACGACAGCUGCAUGGUCCUCGCAAAACGAUUGGCUGCGAAACCAUCUGGAGGCGGAGCGACAGCAAAGGGGUGUGUUUUUGUCUGAUGGAUAUGAGAGAUGUGAGGAUUCUCUGAACACCAGUCAUUGCUAUAUACUGUGGGCAAGGUCAGAUGAUCCAGAAUCACCAGUUGUUGCGAAACAAGGCUGCUGGAUACAUUUUACGAAAGAUGCUCCAAAUGAGUGUCAAGUUGACAAGUGUGAAGUCCCAGUAUCAAACUGGACAGGAGACAUGCAGUUUCAGUUCUGUUGCUGCACAGGAAACAAGUGUAAUGAUGCCAAAAAUAGCGCGGACAGCAAGGGACAGGAUACAGUAUGGCCACAAACAAACACUGCACCCAUUACGGAAAAUAAAAUUGAAAAUAAAGACAAAAGUAAGAGUCGUUCUACCUAUUGCGCAUAUAAGAUUAAUCAGCCGAAAGGAGUGAGGGGGAAAAUGACAGAGGACCAGGGACUUGGAAUUGUGCAGCAGGAUGGUGUUAGAGCAAAAUGUGACAAUGAUAAUGACUACUGUUUCUCAUAUUACUCGUUAGACCCUGUCAAUAAAUCCAGAAUAACGGUCAGUUUUCAAGGUUGUUGGAUGGUUCAUGACAAGGCGUGUGAUUCUGCAAAAUGCAUUCCACAUGAGGAUAGCCACUACUCCGGUAAAAGAAGUAACAACUCACAUUUCUGUUGUUGCCGUGGUAACAUGUGUAACAACAACAUAUCGAAGGAUUUCAUUGUGAUUUCCAGGAGAGUAACAACUGAGUCUAAUGGACCAGUGUCCCGCCAACUUCGUGAUCCAUCGUACAAAGAACGCACCAUUGUGAUAUCAUUGUUAUCGGUCUUCUCAUUGGCCAUUAUCAUUCUAGGACUCUAUCUUGUCUACAGAUUCUGUUUCCGACCUCCGAUGUUACCUGUAAAUAGUAACAGUGACCCAGAAAAUCCCCAGUCACCUGCAUUUGAUAUUGAUGAUUUAAAAAUAAGCUGUUUGAUUAUAAAGGGACGCUUCAGUGAGGUUUGGAAGGGAUCGUUAAACGAUCAGGACGUUGCUGUUAAGAUAUACUCCCCGAGUUAUAGACAGUAUUAUUAUAAUGAAAAAUAUAUAUAUUCUCUGCCCCACAUGGAACAUGAGAACAUUAUGAAGUUUUAUGGUGGGGAGGAACGUAUUUUACAAGAUGGUGAAGUUCAACAUCUCUUGGUGCUUCAGUACAUCCCAGACGGAACAUUAAUGAAUUAUCUGAAGAACAAUACUAUAGACUGGUAUACUAUGUGUAAAAUGUGUCUGACACUAGCAAAAGGAAUUGCACACCUUCAUGCUGACAUGGGAUCUGGAGAUUCCUUCAAGCCUACAGUAGCCCAUAGAGAUAUAAAUAGUCGCAACGUAUUGGUAAAACCUGACCUGAGCCUUGUUAUAGCUGACCUUGGCUUCUGUAUGACAACAAUGGGGUCAAAGUUGAUACACAAAGGUCAUACUGAGAAUGCAGAACAAACCUCAUUAACUGAUGUUGGCACUUUGAGAUACAUGGCGCCAGAGUUAUUGGAUGGUGCUGUAAAUUUAAGAGACUGCGAGGCCUCAUUGAAACAGAUUGAUAUGUACGCAUUUGGUCUGGUGAUGUGGGAAAUCUCGUCGAGGUGUUCUGAUCUUUAUCAAGGUUGUCCCAUGCCAGAGUUUGCACUCCCGUAUCAGAAUGAGGCUGGAUGCCACCCGUCAUUUGAAGAAAUGCAAGUACACGUGUCAAGGAACAAAGUGCGGCCAAAGUUCCCAGAAGUCUGGAAGGACUAUAAUCAAGCAAUUCGGGCUCUCAAAGAGACGAUUGAAGAGUGUUGGGACCAUGAUGCUGAGGCGAGAUUAACAGCACUCUGUGUAGAGGAACGUGUCAUGGAAAUGAAAACUAUCUGGUCACAUGACAACAGGAAUAAAGCAAAUAAAGGUGUUACUCCAACUAUCAACACUGCAUUAUUGUCUCAAGUUACAAGUAACACUCGUCCUGGUUACCACGGUAAUGGUCACACACAGUGGGGAGGUCGGAAUUCAAACACUGACUCCUCGUCCCCAAUGGUUGUUGCCGAGGGGAGUACAUCAGCUUUAAUUAUUAACGAUAUUCGCAACAGUACGGCAACAUUAGCCAGUCAGAGCGAGACUACAUCAGCUGUACCACAGACCUGGACAAAUGAACGUAGUGGCAGCUUCUCUACUUCAACAAUGGACACAACGUUAGCAGUUACACCUAGUGAAUCUGCACCAAGUCAUCCUAAAUCACAAAAUAUCAAUGCACUGAUGAAUCAGCCUGUCCCGCCUCACCAAGGCAGAAACCCAAUUGUAGAACGUAACACACAUAAACGCAGUGAUGAGGAACUUUCUGUUGUUGGAAACAAUCUGUUUUAUGGUAAAGAUCACAGCGAGAAUGAAGGAGUCGGAAACAGUGAUAAUAUUUUUGAAAAUUUUACAGACAGUUUAGAGUCGUCAUUAAUGCAGAAUGAUACGUUAAAUCAGAGUCGCUCCCCCUUUGUCCAGAAUAGUAGACUGAAUACAGGAAGUGGGGCAGAACGUCCGCCGAAAGUUGUCAACAAUCCAAACGAGAGACGAGAAAACUUUGCAAAUGCAACCGCUGUGUCAAAUAUUGCUAAUACGCAUGUCAGUGCAACCCCAAAGACAAAAAAGGCACGUGAAAUGGGAAUUUUAGGGCAUUUAGCGUUACUGGGUAAACUCGCUUUCAGUGGUAAACUUGAAAAUAAGAAAAACUUGAAUGAAAAUGAACAGGCUACUCCAUCCAGCAUGGAAAAUGGAAGGUUAUACGACAGUGCUGGUAGGCAGAAUCCAACAUUUGAGCCAUCACAGGGUUUGGAUACAGAAGUCAGGUUGACAAAUACAGGAACUGUUGUACGACCAACAGUUUUACAGUCCAAACCAUGUAAUAUUGAUAAAAGGGAGAUGCCAGAGACAAACAUAAACAAAGACAGCCACAGUAAUAUUGUUGAGUUAGACAGUAUUGAAAACAAUGAAACAGAUUUUCAGAGUGAUUCCCCUUUGAUUUCACGACACCGAGUUGCCCCAUAUUCGAAAAGCACCUCAGAUUUGAGUCCUAAGAAGACAAGUCAUUAUUCAAAGCUUGAAGAGGAAAGUAAGAUGCCAAGGCCAAGUACCCUGUCAUUAAAGGGACAUAACUAUAAUAAGUCUCGCAGUGGAAGUUUAAACUCGCUUCCAAAAUUCAGAGGCGUCAUGGCGCCGAAAGGCGGGAAACCGUCCCUUGGUAAGAAACCAUUGAUGAAUGGCUACAAAAUGAUUGACAAUGGGGCAAAACUCAAAAGUGACGCAACUGAUAAAAUUAAAUUACGAAACAAAACUCCAGUACCAGACAAAAAUGGUCGUUACUCUCUUCAUGAUGACAGACUGAUGUCAGACAGUAACAAAAUGAAAAAGGAUGGCUCGGAGCAGUGGAAAUCAAGUGUAAGCCUUCAGCAAUUCAAGUCAAUUUCAGAAAAUGAAUCAUCAAAUGUUUACACUGAUUGUACAUGCUAAAUAUCUGCACAGAACAAGUUGACACAUUUGCACUAAAUUGUACUGCUUAAUUUUAUUAUGUACAGUGUAAGUGUAAUGCAUUGAGAAAUGUAUGCACAUGAAAUGUUUUGUGUUUAAAAUGUUAUUCAGAUUGCUGAUAUAAGUUGAUGUAUUGUUAUUUGAUUUGAUCAAAAUUUUACUAUGUUCAUUGUAGAUGUUAAUAAACUGUUACACUCCUUUAAUUUGUAACAGACCUACUCCAAGUCUGUGCUGCAGUGCACUCAACCUUCCUUUUAUUUCCAUAGAAACAGUAGAAACUGAAAGGUUUGAUAACAUUUCAGUCAAUAAAACAGUAAUUGAGAUUUUAGCAAAAUCAUGUUUUAAUUCAUUUAAACAUGACAUGGUUAUACUUCCUUAGGUAAAAUUUCAUUCGGGUUUAGCCAGAAUGAAUUAUUCCAUGCUACAUACAACCAAAAUCAUAAAAACCUACAUUAGCUAUAUAUUAUUUCAAUUCUAAUAAAUCUUGCAUGUAAAAUUAUCAAAUAUGGCACUUCUUCUUGGUGGUUAUAAGUGGAAUGCUGUGAUUAGAACAAUAAAUAUUUGAAAAAUGGUAGCAUGAUGUUACACAGAUUGGAACUCGGAGAAGGUAGCAUUAUAUAGUCAUAGCAGUUUCAUUUUUUUUACAUACUUCAGGAACCAGAAAUGUACCAGAAUUCAUGACUUUAUUGUUGCUCCAUAUUUCAUUUAAAUAAACAUAUAUAUAAGCAGUGAAAUGCUGCUCAACUUUAAUUAUAUUUUAUGCUUUCAGAAAGCAUAUUUUGUUAUGUUUUUGUUCAUGCCUAAAUUAUUUGUGUUGUAUUUAUGCUAAAGCUUAAAGCAAAUUUUUAACACGUAUACUUUCCAUUUUGUUCCCAUUUUAUAGGAGACACCUUUUAUUUUGUUUCUUUCAUGUACCUUUGUCUGUUUUGUUUCCAUUUUCUAAGGCAAAUAUUGCAAUGAAGGUAUUGUAGUGUAGUUGAGUAAAAUGUUUCAUGUGGAAAAAUUAUUACUUUCAAUAUUCCAGUUUACCAAUCUUUAAUUGGAUUUUUUUCUUAUUUUGGUCCCUUUGAUAUCCUUAUCAUGGGGUCCUGAAGGGACGAGCACUUCAUCACCUUUUUUGUUGUAUAUCAGUGGUAUAUCAAAAGCACAUUUAUAUACAUGACAUACUAUACAUACGAGCACUAAGGAAUCAAUUAAAAAGUUUUCUGUAGAAAAUUGAAAUUCAAAAUAAAUCUUUUUCCAGAUUGGAUUAUUUAUCGGACCCAUUAUCUGAACAUGUCACAUAAUAUUAUUCUGUUUGUUCGAAAUUGAAUUGGUAACUUGAUCCAAUUAAUGAAAUUUUAUAUACUUUUAUGAAAGAUUAGUUAGCAUCUGAUUGGAUGAUUCUGACAAGUCUUGUAAUUGACCAAUGACAAAUCAUCAUUCUUAGACUGAUCAGUUCAGUUUUAGAACCUUGGACCCUACACUCUGUACCUUCAUCAAUCUCAGUGUUAACCUUUAACCCACUAAAUUUUUAAAAUGGACUGGUCCAUCAUUCAAUUUGGGCAAUACCAUUUAUUAUUUGAAGGGGUGUUCUCUGAAAAUUUACUGACUGAAUAGCGAACAGUGCAGACCAUGAUCAGACUGUAUGGAUGUGCUGUCUGAUCUUGGUCUGCACUGUUUGCAAAGGCUGCUUCCAGCAGGCUAAGGGUUAAAAACAUCUUGUUCAAAUGCUGUCCAUAUUUUAUUUUGAAGUUCCAGUGCUACAGGUAGGACUAUUGACUGACUGCAUACUGUAUUGUUCAAACCACUUACAUUGUGAGGAAUUACGUAUUCACAAAUAAUUGCAGUUUUUGGUGCACAACUUCACAUUAUUUCUGUAUUUUAUUUUUGUGGUUGACCAUUUGUCAUAUGGUACAUAUAGUAUAUUUUGUUGAUUGACAACUAACAUUCUAGUCCUUUUGUAUCAUUAAGUGCUUCAUUAAUUAAUUCUGAAAGUUAUUACAAAUAAGUUUAUGACAAGGCACUGUUCAUAUUUGGUCAAAUUUAGAUAGCAUAAUUUUUUUCAUACAUUUUAGAUUAUUAUUAUUUUCAGUUUCACAUAAUGAGGACAGAAUAGGAAACUGCAGCAAAUAUAUCUAAAUCAUCCCUUGUGACAGUAUACAAGAAUAUAAUAGUUUCACGCUCUCAGAACAUUAUAUAUUAUGAAUAUAUUGUAAUACUACGUAAAAAGCAGAUAUUUUAGAAAUUCAGUCAAAUGGUCCCUUAUCCUGUGACAACCCACCAUUACUUAUAAUGGUUAAAAUGAGACAAUUGUUUACUGUAGGGACAUUUUAUUUUUUGCUAUAAAUAGGUCAGUGAUAAAUAACCGUUUUAAUUGUAAAGGUAUAAAAUAAUCCCUUAGUGGUUAAGUGCUUGUAUCAUAUUAAGAAAUGUGAUACUGUUCACAGCAUAAAGUUUGCUACUUGCAGUUAUUUGUUAUACAUUUGCUUUGCAGCUUGAAUAUCUCGUGGCUUAUCAGACACAACGUCUGUAAUGGUUGAAUACACAUGAAACAUUUUUAGCUCGACUAUUCAUAGAAUAGUAGAGCUAUUAGACUCGCCCAUGCGUCGGCGUCCGCGUCGGCGUCGGCGUCUGCGUCCCGAUUUGGUUAAGUUUUUGUAUGUAAGCUGGUAUCUCAGCAACUACUUGUGGGAAUGGAUUGAAACUUCACACACUUAUUCACUGUGAUAAACUGACUUACAUUGCACAGGUUCCAUAACUCUGUUUUGCUUUUUUACAAAAUUAUGCCCCUUUUUUGACUUAGAAAUUUUUGGUUAAGGUUUUGUAUGUAAGCUGGUAUCUCAGUAACCACUUGUGGGAAUGGAUUGAAACUUCACACACUUGUUCACUGUGAUAAACUGACUUGCAUUGCACAGGUUCCAUAACUCUAUUUUGCUUUUUUACAAAAUUAUGCCCCUUUUUCGACUUAGAAUUUUUUGGUUAAGGUUUUGUAUGUAAGCUGGUAUCUCAGUAUCCACUAAUGGGAAAGGAUUGAAACUUCACACACUUGUUCACUGUCAUGAUAUGACAUGCAGUGCAAAAGAUCAAUAACUCAACUUUGCAUUUUACAAAAUUAUGCCCCUUUUUAAACUUAGGAGUUUUGGGUUAAAUUCUUAUAAUUUAUGUAAGUUGGUAUCUCAGUACCCUCUAAUGGGAAUGGAUUGAAACUUCACACACUUGUCCACUGUCAUGAGCUGAUAAGCACUAUGCAGGUUCCAUAACCCUAUUUUGCUUUUUUUAAAUUAUGCCCCUUUUUCGACUUUCGUAUUCAUUCAAUCGACAAGACUGUUGAAUAGUCGAGCGUUGCUGUCCUCCGACAGCUCUUGUUAUUUCAUAUUUUACAGUCAUAUUGUUUUAAUCAUUAUUUUUAAAGACUUGAUUUUAUUAGUGCUCUUCAUCAUCAUCAUCAUCAUUCACAUCAUCAUCAUCAUCAGUGCAAUGGUCAUUAUCAUUAGGAUUAUCACUAUCAUCACAUGGUCAUGUUCAUCAUCUUUAUCAUUCACAUCAUUAGAAUCAUCAUCAUCAUCUCUGCAGUAGUCAUAGUCACCAAGAUCAUAAUCAUUAUCAUCAUUUACUGCAACUUUUAUUGAAAUUUUCAACAUCAUCUUCAUUGUUCUAAAUCAUCAUUAUUGCUAAAUUUUGUUGAUUUUUAGAUAUAGAUUAACUUAUGCUGUUUGCUUUACUAAAAAGAGCUCUAUGUUGAAUUCUUUCUUUUUAACACAAAAUUGAAUACUUUACAGAAAAAUAACUUUGAAAAUCUGAAUUUUUCAGAAUUUCUCUUCUAGUAUAUUAUACUUACAAAUUCAUAUUACUGCAAAGUUUAGUUUCAGUGGUAUUAAAACAUUAUUAGAUUUAUUACAAAUCUUUAAACAAGUGCUUUAUACAUUUUAUCAUUUUUAACCCAGUGCACAGAGAAUACUUUCUGGAGGUUCUUUUAGUAAGAUUGUGUUGAGCUUGCGUGGAUUUUGCCAGGUCUGUGUUAAACAAGUGCUGAGCUUAAUCCAGCCUGGUAAAAUCAACUAGAGUCGAAUACAUACUAGAUUAAGCUAUUGUUAUAAGGACCGUUUUAUUAUAUUCCUCCUAACUUGUUUUUUGGCAGAAAUGAGUAAACGCUAUUGAUGAAGUUGAGUAUUGUGACAUUAGUUUGCAUAUAUGAUUUGAUUACAGUAAAUCAGUAUGUGUUAAAGCAUAAUGUAAUAUUCCAUGCAGUUUUGGUGCGCUUUAUGCCAUGUCUUUCAUUGGAGAAGAAAAACACACAUAUACAUACUGUAUUACUGCAUUUUAUGUUAUUAUUGUACAUAUACAGUAAAAUUCUGAUAUAGCACACAUUAUUGGGAUUGGUACAGGUGCUCUUUAAAAACCAUGGUUGUGUGUAUAGGUUUAGUAUGAAAUAAUGAAGUUUGAACACAAACCCUAAGGGAGGAUUGAAUUUAUUUAGAGUUUUACUGUACAUGUGUCUUGAUGUAUGUUAGGCGGUCUAACCUCUUAACUUAUUUCUCUUUUUGUUAUUGACACUUUUCAAUAGUCAAGAUGCAUUCUUGAGGGCAUCAGUUUUCUUCCCUUACUUUUCAUCCAUUGAUGUUCUUUUUCAAGGGGAAUUAAUUAUGUCCAUUGAUGAAUAGCACAAGUUGUCUCUUUUGAUCAGUGAAAGAUUAAUUCCUCAUAUAACUAACGUAAAUAUUGUUUUCUCAACAUUUUUGAUAUUGCAGAAAUUAACUUUUCUCUUUCAUAGAAUAUAAAUUUUGUUGAUUGUCUGAAAUACCCAGUUGACUGGUCUACUAUUUCAAUCAUUAUUUUAAUAAUAAGAAUGCAAGGUUUUUGUCAAGGGAGAUAAUAAUACAAGACUUGCAAACUAUCUAGUGUAUGGAGAAUUGAUCACAGUUAUAAUCUCACUAGAUUUUAGUCACAUACAUUCAGUGUCUCCAGUCUUGAAAGAGAAUGUCUGUUACUUCAUUGCUUCACUGAUGGAUCAGGAUAAAACCCAGGUACAUGUACAUUUUGUGAGGAAAGAAAUGGACAUUUUUUUUUCAAACUGUAAAUUACAUGACGUCUAAAUAUAGAAUGUUUUAUUGGGAUUAUGUUAUGAAUUUUAAAGGUUGCAUGAAAUUAUUUUACUUUGUGGUAAUUUUUUUUAGGUGAAUACACUGUAUUCAUAAGAAAACCUUUUUUUCUCAAGAAAAAUUAUUAAGCACAAUUUGUAUAUAAUUUUGCACAAUUUUGAUUUUGCAACAUUAACACUAUAUAGGUAUUUGUUCAUACUUUUUGCUUAACUGAGCCCAGGUAUUUUAUGAUUUAUACCUGUUUAUAAACAUCCCAUCAUUAAAAUGAUUGUCUCCAUUCAUACAUAAAAAUUAUUUUGUGAUAGACUUUAUUUUUCCAGGACUUAUUCAGUUUUUGACUAUAUACCAUUCUAGGAAUAAAUGUAAUGAAAACGUAAUAACGAAUAAGGUCAUGAAUAUUGGUGAUAAUAAAACUUGUGCCUCUAUUUUUCUUUGUUCAGAAAACUGAGUUUAUCAAUAACAAAAGUUUGUGCAAAAGCUAGCUAUAUAGAAAUUCUUCAGUCAUUUUCAGUCUAGUUCAUUAUACCUAUUUCUGGAAGUUCCUCCACUCAGAAGUUUUACACUUUCUGUCAUAAUUUAUCUAUAAAGCACAGGCAAUAAAAUACCAUUGCUUAUUUCUUUGAACAACUAUUAUAUUGGACUUGUUUUUUUGAAUAAAAACUGAAUACUUAAUCAGAAAAGUGGUUUCUGCAGAGACACAGUCAUUGUAACUUGUUCAGAUAUUUCUGUGGAAUAUUUCUCUGUAGUUGACAAAAUGAUUAGGGUAGAACUUCAUUUUUGUGCCAUAGUUGACUGAAGCAGCAGAUACAUCAGGUUUGUGUUGAGCUGACGAUUGUAAAUGUAACAUUUCCCAAAGAAAUGUACCACUUCAGGAGGAACUAGUUUUAUUACCUUCAGUCUGUUGAAUUGCAAGGGGAUAUUUAGAUGCAGGGAUGGCCGUUUGUAAAUGUGUUACAGAAAAAUAACUUUGUGUUACUCCUCUUUAAUAAGUAAUGUUGUUAUUGAAAAAGAUUCGAUUUGCAAGUUACUCAUUGUUUUAGAACACCCAGUCCUCAUACAGGCCAUACACACUCUACAUUAAAACAUUUUUCUUUGUGCCAUAAAAUCAGGAAUUUACGGCAGUAUGAUAAGAGACAUGCAAACAUAAAAUAAUUCCAUCAAGCUUUUUCACUUGGAACUACAGUGAUCAUAAGAGAGAACUAUAGUCUGCAAUAUAGUCCCAAUGUGAAAACGCCCGCUGAGUUAUUAAGUGGAGUUUUAGUUUUGUUAAAACAUUACUUAGCUUCUUGUACUUGAACUUUUACUAGAAAUACUUGAAAUGUGAGGAUUGACUCAGCAAUCCACUUUUGAAGUACAUGUAUAUGUUUCAAAGCACAGCUUACUUUGUUUUAUUAUGUCAUGUUUAAAUAGUUUACUUAAAAGGGCACCUAUUUUUGUUGUCCGAUUUGUUUAUAUAUAUAUUUUUGACAGUGUUAUUAUCUAUUCUAAUUUUCACAUUUAAUGAGUUAUUUUAUUUUUACUUCGUCCACUUUCAAAAUUAACAAAGUUUCAAAGGCAGAUGAUGACUGACUU